AGUCGUCCCACAUCAGCUGGACGGCGGAGGUUCAUUACAGUCAGGGGAAGGCAGUUGAAAUACAACCGUGCGCAAAGACAAACAACCCCCGCAAACCUCUCCGCGCCUUCAUCUUUAGUGCGCAACAGAAAACACUGCACAUUGACACAGUUGUUCUCCGUAGCGGGUGAAAAUGACCCGUAUCUCACUAAAGAGGCUUGUGCUCCUGCUGUGCAUCGGGGGAUCUGUCCACUGUAUGCCACAAUCUGCAGGGAAAAGUAAAAGACAAUCGCAGCAACAAAUCAGUCUGGACACGGUCUACGAGGAAGCCAGGAGUUUAGCGAUCCAUGAAACUGGCUGCAACGACAACGGUCGAUUUUAUAAAAUGAACGAUCAAUGGGAGCGUCAGUACAUGGACAGCACUCUCAUCUGCACUUGUGAGGGGGCUUCAGGGGUCAAGUGUAAAUCCAAACCUGCUGCCGAGGAGACGUGCUAUGACAAAUUCAAUGCGCGCUCCUACCGAGUCGGAGAGACUUACGAGCGACCGAAGGAUGGCAUGAUAUGGGACUGUACCUGCAUUGGCUCCGGCAGAGGCAAAAUUAGCUGCACCAUCGCAAAUCGUUGCCAUGAAGGAGGAAAUUCAUAUAGAAUCGGAGACACCUGGACCCGUCCACACGACACUGGAGACUACAUGCUUGAAUGCGUGUGCCUUGGCAAUGGAAAGGGAGAGUGGACUUGUAAACCAGUUGCGGAGCGUUGCUAUGAUGAAUCGCUGGGAUCUUCAUACGUGGUUGGUCAGACAUGGCAGAAACCCUACCAAACCUGGAUGAUAGUAGACUGCACUUGUUUGGGAGAGGGCAAUGGACGCAUCACCUGCACCUCCAGAAAUCGCUGUAAUGACCAGGAUACUAGAACCUCAUACCGUAUUGGUGAGACCUGGACCAAAACUGACUCCAAUGGAAACAAUCUGCAGUGUCUUUGCACAGGCAAUGGUCGUGGAGAAUGGAAGUGUGAGAGACAUGCUGCUUCCCAUACAACAACCGCCAUUGGUUCUGGCUCUUCUGCGACUCAAAGGGUUUCACCAGUGAUAAACCAAGUCAAUGUCCUGACUGAACUUCUUGAGGAGGGCAACUGUAAAACUGAUUCUGGUGUGUACUAUUCCAAUGGCAUGAGCUGGAUCAGAAGUCAGGGCAGCAAGGAAAUGCUUUGCACUUGUGUUGGAGGAGGAAUCAGCUGCGAAGAGCAAGAUGGACAGUCCUUUGUUUACGGUGGCAACUCCGUUGGGCAGCCAUGUGUGUUCCCAUUUGUUUUUAGUGGGAACACCCACUACUCUUGCAUCUCUGAGGGCCGAACAGAUGGGCAGUUAUGGUGUAGUACUACAUCUGACUAUGAUAGUGACGGCUUGUACUCAUUCUGUACCCGAAAGAACCAGCUUGUGACGACUCGUGGAGGAAACUCUAAUGGUGCUCUGUGCCAGUUUCCCUUCAAGUAUAAUGGACGCAACUACACAGACUGCACAUCUGACGGCCGCCGUGACAGCAUGAAGUGGUGUGGUACUACUACUGACUAUGAUUCAGAUCGGAAAUACGGAUUCUGUCCCAUGGCUGCUCAUGAGGAAGUCUGCACCAUUAAUGAUGUCAUGUACCGUGUGGGUGAUGAGUGGGACAAACGCCAUGACACUCUUGGUCACAUGAUGCGCUGCACUUGCCAGGGCAACGGACGCGGAGAGUGGAACUGCAUUUCCCACACUCAGUUCAGAGACCAGUGCGUAGUGAAUGGACAGACAUAUGAUGUUAACGAGACCUUUGAUAAGCGUCAUGACCAGGGCUACAUGAUGAACUGCACAUGCUUUGGCCAAGGCCGCGGUCGCUGGAAAUGUGAUGCCAUCGACCAGUGCCAGGACCAAGAGACCAAGGUUUUUUAUCAGAUUGGCGAGACAUGGAACAAGGUCAUCCAAAGCAUCCCUUAUAGAUGUUCCUGCUAUGGUAACGGCAUUGGAGAACUGUCCUGUGAGCCUCUGCAGUCUACCGCUCCUGUUCGGGUCAUCAUCACAGAAGCUGGAAAUCAGCCAAAUUCCCAUCCCAUCCAAUGGAACGCUCCCUCGUCUGCCCACAUUACACAAUAUAUCCUCAAGUGGAGAGUCAAAAACACACGGACACCCUGGAAAGAGGUAACCAUUCCUGGGCACAUCAACUCACACACUAUUUCAGGGCUUAAACCAGGUUUGACCUAUGAAGGUCAGCUGAUCAGCAUUCUACGCUACGGACCGAGAGAGGUCACGCGCUUUGACUUCACCACUACGUAUGGCUCUUUGGAAAAAACAGAGGGUGAGACCAACCAGCCUCCGCCAAUAGUGGACACCUCAGAGUCCGUUACCGAAAUAACCUCCAGUAGCUUCGUCAUCUCCUGGGUAUCUGCAUCCGAGACAGUGUCUGGAUUUAGAGUGCAAUAUGAACUCUCUGAGGAAGGAGCCCCACAAAAUGUGAUUGACCUCCCGAGAACAGCUACAUCAGUGAACAUUCACGAUCUUCUGCCUGGCCGUAGGUACCACGUCCAAGUUUUUGAAGUCAAUCCAGAAGGAGAUAAAAAUCUCAUCUUGACAACUACUCAGACCACUGCACCUGACACUCCAACUAAUUAUGAGGUCUCAAAUGUACAGGAGACAGCCAUUACUAUCAGAUGGUCCAAACCCAAAGCACCUAUAACUGGCUAUCGUGUGGUGUACACACCCUCGAUCGAGGGCAGCAGCACUGAGCUCAUCCUCCCUGAGACUCAAACAUUUGUGACACUGGGUGACCUUCGACCUGGUCUGUCAUACAAUGUUAGUAUUUACUCAGUGGAAGACAACUUGGAGAGUAAACCUUUGGUCCUACAGGUCAGCACCGCUGGAGAGCAACAGCCUGAGGAGGUCCAAGCUCCCACAGACCUGCAGUUUUAUGAAGUUACCGAUGUCAAGAUCACCAUCACCUGGACUGGUCCUCCUAAUGAGGUCUCAGGAUACCGCGUGACCUUUGCACCCGUAAGCACAGAUGGCCGGGCCCAGAGACCACUUCAGCUUCCCGUGACCCAGAAUGCUUAUGCUGAGCUCACGCACCUGCAACCUGGCACACUCUACCGCUUCCAUAUCUAUGCAGUCAACAGAGGAGUGGAGAGUGAACCUUUGGUUGGGGAGCAGUCUACAAAGCCUGAUGCCCCUACUGACCUGCGGUUCACUGACAUCACUGAUGACAGCGCUCUGGUCAUCUGGUCUGUCCCCAGAGCUCAGGUCACAGGUUAUCGUCUCUUCAUCAGCAUGGGCAGCUCUAGUCCCAAACAGCUGAGGAUCCCCGGCCACGUGUCUCAAUACAAGCUCACCGACCUUCAGCCUGACACAGAGUACAUAGUCACCCUGCACUCAGAGAAAGGGAACACACUCAGCGAGGGAGUCACUGAUGUCUUCAGAACAUCUCAGCCAACAGGUAAUGCUCCUCGAUUCAGCACAGAUGUCACCGAUACAUCCAUCAUUGUUACCUGGACCCCAGUACCACGAUUCAGCUAUAGGAUGUCUGUGAGGCCCAGCCAAGGUGGUGAGGCUCCCAGAGAUGUGACCUCUGGAGAAGGCACUAUUCACUUUUCUGGUCUGACUCCAGGAUCGGAAUAUAUCUACAGCUUGCAACCCAUGUUCAAUGGCCGAAAGCAUGGCAACCCUUUCACAAACAAAGCUGUGACAUCCCUAUCCCCACCAACUGACCUAAAUGUGGUGUCUAACCCUGUCACUGGCGAAAUCAAUGUCAGAUGGAGCAGCACCAAAAGUCCAGAUAUCACUGGCUAUAGAGUGACGUGCACACCAACCAAUGGGCAGCAUGGAAAUACUAUAGAGGAGAGUGUUCGAGGGCAUGAAACCGCAUGUACCCUUGAGAACCUCAGUCCUGGCGUUGAAUACAAUGUCAGCGUCUACACUGUUAAAAACCAUCUGGAGAGUGAGCCUAUCUCAACCACCAUUACACAAGAUGUGCCCAAAGUGGGUGAUCUCAGCUUUGUUGAUUUCACGGAUACCACAAUUGGAAUUAGAUGGACCCCGCUAAAUUACACUGCAGUUACCAGAUACCAUAUUAUGGUUGUUACGGCCGGCCAGAGUUUUCCUAUUUUGGAGGACGUGGUGAAUUCCACUGUAAGCUAUUAUACCAUUCGUGGACUGGAGCCAGGCAUCAAUUAUGACAUCAGUGUGUCGACCAUUACAGAUGAGGCGGAGAGUGUCCCCUCGGUGAUCACACAGCAAACCCAAACCGCUAUUCCACCCCCCACAAACCUUAACUUUGCUGAGGUGGGAUCAGACUCCAUGCGUGUGUCAUGGAAUCCCCCUUCUGUUAAGCCAUCUGAAAUUAGCCGCUUUGUCAUCCGCUACCAUCCCAAAAAAAAUGAUGACACUCAGGAAGUCAAUGUAGGAGGUGGCAUCAAUAACUUCCUCCUCCAGAACUUGCUGCCAAAUACAGAGUAUCUGGUAAAAGUAGUGUGCGUCUAUGAUGACAGAGAGAGUGAACCUGUAACUGGUAUUCAGAAAACAAGAUUAGACUCCCCAACAAAUCUGGACUUCUCUGAUGUCUCCACCAACUCAUUUACCGUGCACUGGAUGGCUCCACGUUCCGUCAUUUCAGGUUACCGUCUACGCUAUCAGCCAACCAGUGGUGGUCGUGCUAAAGAUGAGAGGCUUCCCCCGACGAGAAAUUUCUUCACACUGGUGAACCUGGCUCCUGAGACAGAAUACACUGUCUAUAUUUAUGCUGUCAGUGGCAAUACAGAGAGUCUGCCACUUACUGGAACUCGAGCAACUGUCUCUGAUGCUCCCACUGACUUGGCCGUGACAUCUUCAACUCCCACUAGCAUCACCAUCUCCUGGGAUGCCCCUGCAGUUACUGUACGCUACUACAAGAUCACACAUGGUGAAACAGGUGAAAGAGAUGCACCCAGAGAGUUCACUGUUCCAGGAACACAAUCCACUGCCACCAUCCAGGGCCUGCGUCCAGACACCGAUUACACCAUCACGUUGUAUGCUGUGACAGGCAGAGGGGACAGCCCAGCCUCCAGCACACCAGUCAUCAUCACACACAGGACUGCAGGUGGAAGUGUUCCAUCCCCAUCAGAUUUAGAUGUUACUGAUAUUCAAGACAAUGCCUUAACUGUCCGCUGGAGCCCAGCUAGAGGUCCCAUCACAGGCUACAGAGUAACAGGAAUGCCCAAAGGUGGGCAAGGUCCUACAUUCUCUGAGCUGGUUGGCCCUGAACGUACAGAAAUGACCAUCCGUGGCUUGGUUCCCACAUUGGAAUAUACAAUUUAUGUGAUUGCUCUCAGCCAAGAAGGAGAAAGCACCCCAUUGGUCCAGAAAGCUACAACAGCAAAUUCACAGCAUCCAAGAGAUCUGACCUUCUCUGAUGUGGACUCCACCUCCAUGCUUGUGACAUGGGAUGUUCCACAGGUUCCAGGAGUGACCUCCUACAGGGUUCUGUACUCUAGUCCAGAAGAGGGAGAAAGGGAAUACCAACCAGCUGUAAGUGGUCGUGAUAAAAGCGUGGUUCUCCAAGGUCUGCGACCAGGAACCAUGUACAACAUUAAAGUCAUUCCCAUGAAAGGACGUUUUCCAGUCCGUACUCUUGAGGGCAUUCAGCAAACCCAUGAGGAGACUCAGUCCACUGCUGUCCCUGCUCCCAUUAAUAUACAGUUCUCCGACAUUAGUCCAUCUUCUUUUGUCGUGGCAUGGCAAGCACCCAAUGCUAGGCUUUCUGGCUAUCGUGUGGUGGUAUCACCAAAGGAUCAUGAUGUCCCAGCCAAAGAAAUGAAUGUUGCACCAGAUUCCACACAUGUCUUAAUACCUGGGCUUAUGGUGGCCACUACUUAUGAAGUUCAGGUCUAUGCACUGAGAGGUUCAGACAGAAGUUCUCCUCUCACUGGAGAAUGCACCACCGCGGACAAUAUAACCCCUCCUCGCCGAGUCCGUAUCACUGAUGUGAAAGACACUUCAUUCACUCUCACAUGGCGUGUUGUCAAUAAUGAGCCAAUGACAGGUUUCCUUAUUGAAGCCACACCCAAAACUGGAGGUCACCCCACCUUCAGGCAGACUAUUCCUGCUGACAGCCGUACCUACAUUGUCACUGGUUUGCAGCCAGGCGUCAUGUAUGUGGUCAACAUGUACACACUAAAUGGAAAUACUCGAAGCCCUCCUUUCACAAUGACUGUAAACACAGCUGUUCCAUCGCCGACUAACCUCCAGUUCACCUCACUGACCCCCAAUUCCAUCUCCUUCACUUGGCAAGCCCCUCCAACACACAUUACAGGAUAUUACAUCACUUAUGAAGAAUCAGGUGGUUUGCCUCGUGAGCUUAUACCCCGCUCUGAUGUUGGCCAGAACUACGCUACCAUCAAUGAUCUGAAACCAGGCACAGAAUACAUCAUAAAGAUCUUUGUCCUACUGAAUAGCCAGAGAAGCGCACCACUGGUUGGCACGGCCACAACUCAGCUGACCUCUGAUCUGCCCGGUUUACCCCACCACGGUGGCCCAGACAAGUUGGAUGUGCCUGAGCCUGACAAGUUUCACACAAUGGGUCCCACUGGGGAUGCACACGGGCAGCAUGUAGAGUACACAGAAUUCAAUAAUCAGCCCAGUCAACCAAACAGAGGCUACCAGCCUCUCCACCGUCAAACAAUCCCUCAACCUAACCAACCCCGACCCCAGCCUUAUGUGCCUCAAGUUGGGGAGACCCUAGUCUACAUCCCCAAAGUGGGACCCGAUGGGGGUCGUGUGCCUCAAAUUAUUCAGGUUAGUGAGAGGCCUGGCAAUGGCCAUCCUUUUGGUUUUCCAGAAGACAAGACUGGAAGACCACAGGAGGCCCAGACCCAGACCACCAUCUCAUGGAAGCCUUACCAGGAAAGUUCUGGUUACCUGGUGUCCUGUCACCCCAUUACCCAUCCAGAUGAGAAGAUGUUUCAGAUGCGUGUUCCAGGAACAACAACAAGUGCCACCCUGAUCGGUCUCACCUCUGGUGCCUCGUAUAAUGUCAUUGUGGAGGCCUUGAAGGGAGCCCUCAAACACAAAAUUUUGGAGGAAAUGGUCACUGCUGGAAACACAGUUCCAGGAGAUGGUUCAUCUAGCAAGGACUCGUGUUAUGACACCUUCACAGCCACUCACCAUGAUGUCGGACAGGAGUGGGAGCGCAUGUCUGACACCGGCUUCAAACUCUGGUGCACAUGUCUCGGUCUGGGAAGUGGACAUUUCAGAUGUGACUCUUCCAAAUGGUGUCAUGACAAUGGAAACAACUACCGCAUUGGUGAAAAGUGGGAGCGACGGGCAGAAAACGGUCAGUUGAUGAGCUGCACUUGUUUGGGCAAUGGCAAAGGAGAGUUCAAGUGUGAACCACAUGAGUCCAUAUGUUACGAUGACGGAAAGAUGUACCAGGUUGGAAACCAGUGGCAGAAAGAAUACUUGGGGGCAAUCUGCACUUGCACAUGCUAUGGCGGACAGCAGGGCUGGCGAUGUGAGAACUGCAGAAGGCCUGGUGCUGAGAUAAGCUCUGACCUGCUCCAACCUGUCCGCUUAAACACUGGCCAGAGGAUGAACAUUCAAUGCCCCAUUGAAUGUCUAAGACCUGAGCUUCUUGCAGAUGCUGUGGCCAACGCCAAACCCAGAGAGUAAAAUUUUUCUUACCAAACUGCACCAUGACCUUCUGCCACCCCAUGCAUCAUUUCAUUGUGACAUGCAAUAAAGAUGUGAUUUUAUAUGAGAACAUACUAAUCACAUACUGCUUUAAAACUGUUUAUGUCUCCACUGCCGUCCAGCUGCUGCUUUACAGCAGCUGUUGUGAUGCCAUAGUAACAGCUGCAUUUAUUCACAGCCUUUGAUUGGUUGUUGUUUGGUUGAGGAAUUUCAAUGGCUUUUACAAAUUUUGUCUGCUAGUGUGUUUUAUACAAAUCAAUAAAAAAAAAAAUGACUGCAAUGUCAAAACGAUAUUUCUUAUUGCAGUCUGUUAAACCCAUUUGU